CGCGCGCGGACGGCGACCCGCGGCAGCAGGUGGGCGGGGUGCGGGCCCCGGCGGCGCGCGGGGGGCGGCCAGGCUGCCUGGGGCCGGGCGCGGCCGGCCUGGGCGCGCCAUGGACUUCAACAUGAAGAAGCUGGCGUCGGACGCGGGCAUCUUCUUCACGCGCGCCGUGCAGUUCACAGAGGAGAAGUUUGGCCAGGCCGAGAAGACAGAGCUGGACGCCCACUUUGAAAACCUCCUGGCCCGGGCAGACAGCACCAAGAACUGGACGGAGAAAAUCCUGCGGCAGACGGAGGUGUUAUUGCAGCCCAACCCCAGUGCCCGCGUGGAGGAGUUCCUGUACGAGAAGCUGGACAGGAAGGUCCCCUCGCGAGUCACCAACGGGGAGCUGCUGGCCCAGUACAUGGCAGACGCGGCCAGUGAGCUGGGGCCCACCACAUCCUACGGGAAGACGCUGAUCAAAGUGGCCGAGGCCGAGAAGCGCCUGGGGGCCACGGAGCGGGACUUCAUCCACACGGCCUCCGUCAACUUCCUCACGCCCCUGCGCAACUUCCUGGAAGGGGACUGGAAGACCAUCUCGAAGGAGCGGCGGCUCCUGCAGAACCGCCGCCUGGACCUGGACGCCUGCAAGGCGCGGCUCAAGAAGGCCAAGGCGGCCGAAGCCAAAGCCACGACGGUGCCUGACUUUCAGGAGACUAGACCUCGUAAUUACAUUCUCUCGGCCAGCGCCUCCGCGCUCUGGAACGAUGAGGUGGACAAGGCCGAGCAGGAGCUGCGAGUGGCCCAGACCGAGUUUGACCGGCAGGCGGAAGUGACGCGGCUCCUGCUGGAGGGCAUCAGCAGCACACACGUCAACCACCUUCGCUGCCUUCACGAGUUUGUGGAGUCUCAGACAACCUACUACGCGCAGUGCUACCGCCACAUGCUGGACUUACAGAAACAGCUGGGCAGGUUUCCGGGCACCUUCGUGGGCAGCACGGAGCCCGGCUCCCCACCCGUGACCAGCACAUCGCCGAGCACCGCCACGAUGCCGGUGGUGGCCCCGGGGGCUGGCGCGGCCCCUGCAGGGGAAGCUGCCCUCUGCCUGGAGGAGGUGGCACCCCCUGCCAGUGGCACCCGGAAAGCCCGAGUGCUUUACGACUACGAGGCGGCCGACAGCAGCGAGCUGGCCCUGCUGGCCGACGAGCUGCUCACCGUCUACAGCCUGCCUGGCAUGGACCCCGACUGGCUCAUGGGCGAGCGAGGCAACAAGAAGGGCAAAGUCCCCGUCACCUACCUGGAGCUGCUCAGCUGAGGCGGGGGCCGG